AUGCUUCCUCUAGGUAAUAUCAUCAGAAAACAUAGCAUUAACUUUCAUUGUUACGCUGACGACACACAACUGUAUUUAUCAAUUAAACCUGAGCAGGUCAGGCAAGUAGAAAAACUAAGCGCCUGGGUCCGAGAUAUAAAUACCUGGAUGAUCACUAACUAUCUUCUACUUAACCCUGAAAAGACAGAAGUCCUUAUAAUAGGCCCGAAAAGUGUUAGAGACUCUUUAUCUGCCCAGAUAGUCACUCUGGACAAUGUAAGUGUAGCCUCCAGCGCCACAGUUAAAAACCUAGGAGUUUUAUUUGACCCUGACUUAUCGUUUAAAGCACACAUUAAACAAACCUGUAGAACGGCUUUCUUUCACCUGCGCAACAUUGCCAAAAUUAGAAAUAUUUUAUCUAAAAGCGAUGCAGAAAAAUUAAUUCACGCGUUCGUUACAUCGAGAUUGGAUUACUGUAACUCCCUACUUGCAGCUUGUCCUAAAAGCUCUCUAAAAGGUCUUCAGCUAGUCCAAAACGCAGCAGCAAGACUUUUAACAGGAACCAAUAGAAGAGAGCACAUCACCCCUGUGCUCCAGGCACUUCACUGGCUUCCAGUCGAGUUUAGAAUUAAAUUUAAAAUACUCCUUCUUACAUUUAAGACCAUUAAUGGGUUGGGGCCAUCUUAUCUCACCGAUGCUCUGGUUCCAUACCGCCCCAACAGAACACUCCGAUCUCAGAAUGCAGGUCUACUGGUAGUUCCCAGGGUUUAUAAAAGUACUGUCGGAGCUAGAGCCUUUAGCCACCAAGCCCCUGUUUUAUGGAAUCAGCUUCCAGCUAGUAUUAAAGAAGCCGAGACAGUCUGCACAUUUAAGAUUAGAUUAAAAACGUUCCUAUUCGACAAAGCUUAUGGUUAGGCUAGUUGAAGUUGGAGUAGACUCACAGUUUAGUCUAAGCUGCACUAGAAGCUAUAAUGCUGGGGGCAGUACAGCCGCUGAGUUCUAUCUCCUUUUCUUACUCUACCUACCACUUGUCUUACUUUAUUUCUAUUUUCCAAUGUUAAUAUCUAGUUGUCUAGUCUCUUCAUCACUAGUCACCCGGUGUCCCCUUUCCCCCCUCCCCUCUGGGGAGGGGCUAUUUUUCAGCUGCAGCCUCCUGACUGUCCGGACCCCUGGCUGGAUUGACGUCCUCGCUGCUACCCCCGUCUCAUCUGACCAGAGGGACCUCUUCUUGCUCCUUUACUCCACUGUAUUUUUAC